AUGGCCCGUACAAAGCAGACCGCUCGCAAGUCCACCGGUGGGAAGGCGCCUAGAAAGCAGCUGGCCACCAAAGCUGCCAGAAAAAGCGCUCCAGCCACUGGAGGCGUGAAGAAACCUCACAGAUACCGCCCAGGGACCGUUGCUUUGCGAGAAAUUAGACGAUAUCAAAAAAGCACGGAGCUUCUAAUCAGAAAACUCCCCUUCCAGAGAUUGGUCAGGGAAAUAGCUCAGGAUUUCAAGACGGAUCUUCGAUUCCAGAGCUCGGCUGUCAUGGCGUUGCAGGAGGCAAGUGAGGCGUACCUGGUUGGACUCUUUGAAGACACCAACCUCUGUGCGAUCCACGCGAAAAGAGUGACCAUAAUGCCGAAGGAUAUACAGCUGGCUCGCAGAGUGAGAGGGGAGAGGGCGUAACGUGGUAGCACUGUACUGACGCAGCGAAAGCGAAGAUUUUAACUGACAAGGCCCUUUUCAGGGCUGCAAAA